UUUUUUUAAUCAAUCUUUUGGAUUACGACCAGACCCGGACCCAAAUCUCCUCCCCACGGCCCUGGCACUGAACUCGGCUUUUGACUUGAACCCGAAUCCGAUCCCGGACCUAGACCCGACUUAAAUAAAAUCAAAAAAUAAAAAUAAAAAUAAAUUUUACAGAACACACUUUUGUUUUCUGUUUUUAAAAUUGAAAAACAAAAGUGGUUACAGAACGCAUUUUUAUUUUUUAAAAAUAAAUUUUUUUAAAACAAAAAUUUUACUUUCAUUUUGUGAUUAAAAAAUUAAAAAACAAAAGUGUUACCAAACGACACCUAAGUUUUCACGUGUUAUUGUGUCCAACAAUAUAUAUAUAACUCAUAUACAUUUUAUAUGUAUUAACAUAUAAAAAUUAUAUAUCUCAAUAUUAAUAUAUUAUUAUUAUUAUUUAAAUAGUAUAUCACAAAAUAAAUCUAUAAUUACCAUGGUUUGUUUGAAUCUCUUACCCUAUAUUAUUGUUUUUAUGAUCUUCAUUGAUGUUGUUCCUCAUGGAUAGCUGCGUUUGAUUGUAUGACUUAUAGUAUAUUAAUUGUCUUUUUGAAUGAAGAUUAUGCCAUCAAAAUGACUUUUAAAUUGUCGUAAAAUUUCUAUUACAUUUUUGAGAGAAUAUGAGGGAUAUAACAAAAAUAUUUAAAAUAAAAAGUAACAAUAACAAUAAAUUAAUUUAUUGCGACGAUAAAUUGUGGUAAUAUUCUAUAAUGACAACAUUUAAGACCUAAAAAAAUUAUAUUUAUAUAUAAUUAUUCUUUUUCGAGUAGUGUUGGAAAGGAAAAAAAAAUUGCAUACUAAGGUGGGCAAUAUCAUAUCGAUGUAUAGAUAGAUAGUGCCCAACGUCCAAAUAGGUUCUUUAAUUAAUGUUGUUUGUAAAUGGAUUUUUAUACAAAGUACCUAAAAAUGACAUUAUUUUUUUAAUACAUUUUCACGCUACGUUUUAUUUUUAAAAGAAUUUUUUUCUAGUCAUUUUUCCGUAACGUCAUGUAAGCGAUAUAAUAAUAUUGUAAAAACCAUAUAAUACAAAUACAGAAUAAUAUGAAAAUAAUUGUUGUGAAACACAACAUAAAAAAGAACAACAAUCCUGUUAUUGUAAAAGAAAAUUUGAAUAGUAGCAUCGUGAAAUUAUAUUGUACACGUUGAAACAGUGAAACCAAUUACACGAAAAAUAGGGGAUCCCAAAAAAUUAUCUUGUUUUAGUUGUUGAAUAUAUAUGUUUCUGAUUUAAUGUGUGAUACUUUGAAUCCUCAUUACUAAUGAAAUCAAAAUAAUAUUCGAAUGACAAGCUUGUCCUUCGGUUAGACGGUGAGCUAUCUUGGUUCGAGGAGUUUUCUACGCGAUUUGUGAAUAUUUAUAUCGUAAAUUCAUUGGUGAUUCUAAUCACUACAUAAAAAAAAUAUUUGAAUGUACAAAUUAUAGUUAUGUAUUUUCAUUAUAUAUGACCUAUUGCGAUGAUAAUGUUGUCACAACAAUAAUUUUUUUGCGAUAAUAAGUUAGUCGUAAUAGUUAACAAUGAUGACAUUUAGACAAUUAGAUGUAUUGUAAUGAUGUUGUGGCAAUAUACUCUAGCGUAGGAAAAGAAAAAAAAAUGCAUACAUACUAUUCAGUACAAAUUAUUAUCGUCAAUUAGUUAAUCAAUACUUGAAAAUUUAAAAGGGACAAAAAAGAGGAAAUAACAAAAAUUUAGGGAAAAAAUUGUAAAAUAAAGUACAUGUCAAAAUUAAAUAACUUUUCCGUACAAAAACACAACAAAAUAUAUAAAUACACAGUCAUAAAAUCUUAGUAAAUUCAAUUAAUCAAAGAAACAAAAAUUUAUUACAAAUACUAUAUUUUUAUAACUAUUUUUUAAGCUAAUUAAGAUUUGUCAAAAGUAUUUUUAAAGCUAAUUAGAAUUUAUCACUCUAAACUUUGACAUUGACCAAAAUAGUACCCACCAAUUUUUUUAGGCCAUUAAAUUUUUUUCUUAAAUUACAGGUCUUUUAAUAAUUUUAGGGUCUGAAUUACAAUUUAGCACAUGUUAAAAUUAAAAAGAAAGAAUUCCUUAUUAGCUAAUUUUCUAUUUUUGUAUAUAUAUAUUUUUUUUAGACAUUGGAAGAGAGAAAUUCGAACUUGCAAUUGAAAAGUGAGGAACCACUAGGCUAAACCUAUGACCACUAUUUUAAUUUUUUUUUUAAUAAAAAUUUUACAUUUAUUUUUAAUUAUUUUUUUUUAUAUUUUUACGGUAUUCUAUAAAAAUAAUAAAAUCACAUAAAAAUAACAGAAAAAUAAUAUCAAACCAACCUUAUUUUAUGUAAAUAAAAUUUUAAAAACUGUAAAAAUAUUUAAAAAUUUCGUAAUCAUAUUUUUGUAAUUUAAAAAAAAAUGAUGAAAUAAUUACAUAAAGUACCAUUUUUGGUAAAAAAAAAUUACAGUUUUACGUUUAAAUAAUUUUUUUAUACAUUUUUACAGUUUUCAUAGAAACAACAAGAAAAUAACAUAAAAAUAACAUCAAAACAACAACAAAAAAUAACAUACAGAUAAUAAAAAAUCAACAACAAAUUAACAAGAGUACAACAUAAAAGGACCGUAAAUAAAAUUAAAAAAUCGUAAAAAUAUUUAAAAUUCUGUGAAACCGUAAUUUUAUAAUUUUUUUAUUGUUUUUGUGUAUUUAUGAAAUAAACCCAAAAAUAAUCCCUUUAAUGUUGAGGAAAUUACACUCUAUACCCUUUUUAUAUUGUCCUCUUUUAUUUUUAUCCUCUUUUUUAAAGUCUAUCUUUUUUAAACAUUGUACCAAUUUUGCCCCUGCCACUUCAAGAUACUCUCCAUGUGACUCUCUUAUGUCAGGGUAUUUUGGGUACAAUACAUAUAAAAAGAGGUAUGUUUCAAAUAAAUAUAAAAUUAGAGGUAAAUUUGGUCAAUUGAUUAAUAAAAGAGGCAUUUUUCAACUUACCCCUUUAAUGUUCCCGACAAAUAAGACUCUUUGGACUUGGUAGUGAUAAUUGGGUUGGCAAUAUAGCCCAAUCAGUGAGCCCAUCGAUGGGUCGAGUAAAAAAGAUUGGGCUGAAAAUGGCCCAAAAGAGGGAAUAUAUUCUCAACCUCACAUCACAAAACAACAAGCCACGUCAACGGGAUAGUAUCCAAAGCAACCAAUGAAACUCAUUCCCAAGAUAUCUGAUAAAAACUCUCGUACGUACAUACAUUCUUUAUCCAAUUUCCUCAAACAUAUACCACACAAACCAUCCUUAUAAACCCCUCUCCUCUAGCUAUCAUCACCCCUUGAUCCCCUCUCUCAAUCCAAUCCAAUCCAAUCCACACUCUCACCACUUACCAUGGCCACCAUGACAUCUGCAUCAGUCACCAUCCCAUCAUUCACCGGCCUCAAGGUCACCGCCGGCUCCACCAAAAUGAUGAACACCACCACUGGUGUUAAAGUAGUCAGCACCCCAGUGGCGAAGAUGAGCUUGAUCAAGGCUUCGCUCAAGGACGUGGGUGUUAUUGUGGCUGCAACCGCAGCUAGCGCCAUACUUGCGAGCAGCGCCAUGGCUCAGGACGUUUUGUUGGGAAGCAGUGACGGUGGGCUGGUAUUCGAGCCUAACAACUUCACCAUCAGCUCUGGAGAUAAGAUUGUGUUCAAGAACAAUGCUGGGUUCCCUCACAACGUUGUUUUCGACGAGGACGAGGUUCCAAGUGGUGUGGACGCAUCAAAGAUUUCCAUGUCUGAGGAAGACCUUCUUAACGCCCCUGGAGAGACCUACGCUGUUACUUUGACUGAGAAAGGUUCUUACUCCUUCUACUGUGCUCCUCACCAGGGAGCUGGUAUGGUUGGCAAAGUCACUGUUAAUUAAUUAAGUUGUUGCACCUAUAUAUAAUGUAACUGAGAUCUAUUUAUAUAUGUUCUCCAUUUUCUUUAAUUUAAAUUUAAUUAUCUUAUCUUUUA